CAUGACAUCGCACUCCUACUAUAAGGAUCGUUUGGGGUUUGACCCCAACGAAGCACAAUACGAAUCUUCAACAACUACGCGUCGCAAUGCCAGUCGCAGCAGCAGCAGUAAUCAUCAUACGCAGCUGAAUAGCACCACCAGCAGCAGCGGCCACCAUCAUCAUACGCAGCAGCGGGAGCAUCAAAAUCAUACUUAUCCACGCAGCAGCCACCAUCCCCACCAUCACCAUGUUGGCGGCUCAUCGACAUUGACCCAUCAUCAUCAUCAAUCCUCGGCUUCACCAGCCCGAAUCUCGAUAUCACCCGGUGGUGCUUCACUAGAUCAAUAUGCCGACAUUAGUCCGGCCAAGAAACCGAAACAUACAUCAGCAUCAGCGCUGCAACAGCCCCAGGGUGGCUAUGAAGAUGCAUUGACACAAUUCAAAGAUGAACGCGAUGCCAUUCAAAAGAAGACAUUCACAAAAUGGGUCAAUAAACAUCUCAAAAAGGCCAAUCGACGUGUUGAGGAUUUAUUUGAAGAUUUACGUGAUGGACACAAUUUACUCUCUCUUCUGGAAGUGCUUUCUGGCGAACACUUGCCCAGAGAAAAGGGUAAAAUGCGUUUCCAUAUGCUGCAAAAUGCCCAAAUGGCAUUGGAUUUUCUACGCUACAAAAAAAUUAAAUUGGUUAACAUUAGAGCAGAGGAUAUUGUCGAUGGAAAUCCCAAAUUGACACUCGGUUUGAUCUGGACAAUUAUUUUACACUUCCAGAUCUCCGAUAUUGUUGUUGGCAAAGAAGACAAUGUAUCAGCACGUGAGGCACUUUUGCGUUGGGCCCGUCGCUCUACUGCUCGGUAUCCGGGAGUUCGUGUCAACGAUUUUACAUCGUCAUGGCGCGAUGGUUUGGCAUUCUCAGCCCUGGUUCAUCGUAAUCGACCGGACUUGCUUGACUGGCGAAAGGCAAGAAACGAUCGACCAAGAGAACGUUUGGAGAAUGCAUUCCAUAUUGUCGAAAAAGAAUAUGGUGUUACACGUCUAUUAGAUCCUGAGGAUGUUGACACCAACGAACCCGAUGAGAAAUCUUUAAUUACCUAUAUAUCAUCAUUGUAUGAUGUAUUCCCAGAACCACCUGCCAUCCAUCCACUCUUUGAUAUGGAAUCACAACGACGUGUCCAUGAAUAUCGUGAUCUGGCCCAACAGUUUAUCUAUUGGUGCCGGGAAAAGACCGCAUACUUGCAAGAUCGCUCCUUCCCGCCCUCUCUAAUUGAGCUGAAACGUUUGUUGAAUGACCUACAUACCUUCCGCAAUGAGGAGGUAUCGGCUCGCAAACGUGAAAAGUCGAAAUUGAUACAAAUCUACAAAGAGCUCGAACGUUACUUUGAAAGUAUCGGCGAAAUUGAUGUAGAAGCCGAUUUGCGUCCCGAGGCCAUCGAAAAAGCAUGGUAUCGCAUGCAAACCGCCAUGCAGGAUCGUGAUAUGAUUCUGCAACAAGAAAUCGAACGUUUGGAACGUUUGCAACGUCUUGCCGAUAAGGUACAGCGUGAAAUUAAACACGUUGACAUGAAAAUUACCGAUUUGGAAACACGCAUCAUCGAGGAGGCAAGGCACAUUGAAACUCUGCAUCCUGUCAAUGCUAAAAAUAUUGUAGAAUCUUUGGAAACGGAAAUCCGUCUUCUCGAGGAGCCUCUACAAGAUAUGAAUCAGGAUUGCCAUGUUCUCAACGAAGGACGCUAUCCACACGCCGCUGAGCUACACAAAAAGGUCACUAAGCUGCACCAACGCUGGGUUCAGCUGCAAACUACAUUCCAUACAGUUCUGGUACAAAAAUUGACCGAACUGAAAUACCCCGUCCUUGAAAAAUCUACAAUACGCCAACAUCGCACUGUAGUCGAAUCACGCCAAAUCGAAACAAAUCCCCUCUUCAAAGACCUGUUGGAACACAUCGAAUGGUGCCAAAACAAAUUGAAACAAAUGCUUGCCGCCGAUUAUGGCUCCGAUUUGCCCUCGGUGAAGGAGGAACGCGAUCGCCAACAACAUGCCCACAAGGCUAUCGAUCAAUUCCAUGCUAAAAUACUCAACGACGAACGUCAACAGAGCAAGUUCUCUGGCGAUGAACUGAACCUCUAUCAACAACGCUUGAAUCAAUUGCAAAAGGUGUAUGCCGAACUACUGAGCACAUCCACAAAACGUCUAUCCGACUUGGAUACGUUGGAGAAUUUCCUGGCCCAGGCAUCGGCUGAAUUGCAGUGGCUCAAUGAAAAGGAACAAAUUGAAAUAACACGUGAUUGGGCCGAUAAGAAUUUAGAUUUGGCCUCUGUGCACAGAUAUUACGAGAAUCUAAUGUCCGAAUUGGAAAAACGUGAAUUACACUUUGGUACCAUAUUGGAUCGUGGUGAGACGCUCCUCAGACAGCAACAUCCCGCCUCCAAGUGUAUUGAAGCCCAUCUAACAGCCUUGCAGCAACAAUGGGCAUGGCUUUUACAACUGACGCUCUGUUUGGAGGUACACUUGAAGCAUUCCACAGAAUAUCACCAAUUCUUUGACGAAAUCAAAGAUGCCGAACAGUGGCUUACCAAGCGAGAUGAAAUUCUCAACAGUGAAUAUUCCAAAUCAGAAUUUGGCCUAGAUCAAGGCGAAGCAUUGUUGCGUGGCAUGCAAGAUUUGCGCGAAGAAUUGAAUGCCUUUGGUGAGACUGUUGCCCAACUGCAACACCGAGCCCAAACUAUUGUACCUUUAAAUAAGCGACGUCAACCAGUGAAUCGUCAAAGUCCCGUUCAGGCCAUAUGUGCCUACAACCAGCAAGGUCAAAUACCCGUCGAAAAGGGAGAAACAUGUACCCUCCUUGAUAAUUCAGGACGUGUCAAAUGGCGCAUUCGCACCGCAAAGGGUCAAGAAGGCUUGGUACCAAGUGCUUGCCUACUGAUGCCUCCACCAGACAAAGAAGCUAUUGAUGCUGCUGAACGUCUAAAACGUUUGUUCGAUCGUUCUGUCAGUCUGUGGCAAAAGAAACAUUUACGUCUGAGACAAAAUAUGAUAUUUGCCACCAUACGUGUUGUCAAGGAUUGGGACUUUGAUCAAUUCUUGGCCAUGGGACCGGAACAGCGUACCGCUAUACGUAGAGCAUUGAAUGAUGAUGCCGACAAACUACUUAGUGAAGGCGAUCCCAACGAUCCACAAUUGAGGCGUUUGAGACGCGAAAUGGAUGAAGUCAAUCGUCUAUUUGAUGAAUUCGAGAAGAGAGCUAGAGCAGAAGAGGAAAGCAAACAAGCCAGUCGCAUCUUCACCGAAGAAUGCAUUGCCAUCAAGGGUAAAUUGGAAGAUAUGGCCCGUGAAUUGCAGCAAAUUAUCAGUGCUCCCUUGCCACGUGAUUUGGAUUCCCUGGAACAUGUUUUGGAAAUCCAUUCCGAUUAUGAGCGACGUCUACAACUCUUGGAACCAGAAUUACAACAUCUGCAAGAAACUUUCCGCACCAUUGCAUUGAAAACACCAGCUCUCAAAAAGAGUCUGGACAACUUGAUGGUGUUGUGGAAAGAAUUGAAUACCCUUAGCAAUUUGCACAAGGAUCGCCUAAAACUAUUGGAAGCUUCUCUGGCUGGUCUAGAGGAUAAUGAACAUUUUAUAUCGGAAAUUGAAAAUCAACUGGCCAAACAUCAAGAUCUUCCCUCUACACCGGAACGUUUAGAAAUGGUGUUCAAACAAUUGACACAUAUGCAAGACUUGAUCACACAACAGCAGCCACAAAUGGAUAAAAUGACCGAUGCCGCUGAUCAAUUGGGUCGUAUGGGUGUACCAACACAAGUAUUGGGUGAUUUGAAACGUUUGCAUGCAAAUGUUGAACGUUUAAAUACUCGUUGGAGUGCAAUAUGCAAUCAAUUGGCAGAGAGAAUGCGUUCAUGCGAAAACGCCAUUGGCCUUAUGAAGAAUCUCCAAUCAAGCGUACAAGUCGAAGAAUCAUGGGUAGAUGGCACAACGGAAAGAUUGUCCGCCAUGCCUACAGCUACCUCAGCUUAUGAAUUGGAUAAAUUGCUGGGAGCUGCUAUCGAACGAAAACCUAAAAUCGAAAAUGUCAACUUGGCUGGAGGCAAACUUAUAAGAGAAGCAAAGAUUUACGAUGGUAAAUGUCUGCGCUUCAUCGAUUGGCUAUUGGAAGCACGUCCCUCGUUUUCACCGCCGCGUCGUGAUUUACGUCCCGCGGAUAGUGAUCCCGGAGCAACACAGUAUUACAGCCAACGUUUGGAUAUUUUAAAUACGAAAUACGAUCGAUUAUUGGAACAAUUAUCACAGCGUCUUAAGACGGCUAUCGAAGUGAACGGUAGCGAUGGUUUGCAAUACGCUGAAAGUUUGCAGAAACCACUGAAAACCUUCCGCGUAGAUUUCAGCGCCAACAACGUACCGACUGGCGAAGGCUACGUUGCACGCGAUGAAGAUCUUUUUACGACAACAUACAGCACAACACAAUUUAGCACAACAAAGACCACAAAGAGUGUUUAUGACGCUACCGACUAUGUACACACAACGACAACUACCACGAAUGGAGCUGCUGCUGGUGGUGGUUGCAUUCCCGGCACCUCGAAACAGUCGCAAAUACAGUUCAACGAAAUUCACAGCCUGAAAAGAGUUCAGACAAGAAACGAAAAUGUUGGAACUGGCGGCGAUACAGGUAUCAAACAUUUGUUGGAUAUUACUGGUAUUAGAGAUCCCCGAACCGGGCGUGUGCUAACAAUCGGGGAUGCCAUACAAAUGCGCCUGCUUGAUGUGCGCACUGGGGAAAUGCUUAUUGGCGACAAGCGCAUUUCUCUGGAGGAAGCUGUUAAACAGGGUCUGAUCGAUGCCAAGUUGGCACAUCAGCUACUACAGCCUGGAGCUGCACGCGAUGGCAGUGGCCGUGAACUGUCACUUUUGGAAGUGAUUCAGCGUGAAAUAUUCGAAGCCGAGUCGGGCUAUGAAACGGCCGAGAAGCGUAUAAAGGUAACUGUCGACGAUUCUCCCGAAGCUGAAAAUCCCAAAAAUAUUGCCGAUGCCAUUUCUGCUGGAAAUGUUGAUACAAAAACGGGCCUGUACAGAGUAAAAUCGGGCAAAACUAUAACCUUAGCUGAGGCCUAUGAACGUGGCUACCUCAUACGACAUGAAUCAGUUACUAUAAAAUCGAAUGCCUUGUGUCUGAGUGAUGCCAUUGCCCAUGGCUUAGUGGAUACUGCUGGCUGGAUUGCUGAUCGUAAUUCCGGUGAUAAAUUUAGACUUGACUCGGCAAUUGCAAAUCAACUAAUUGAUCCUAAUGUACGCGAAGUUGUAGAUGCCAAAAAAGAUACAAAGAUUACACUAACCGAAGCUCUUAAAGCGGGUAUAUUAAAUCCAAAAACCGGUCGUUAUUGGAACGAAGUUACCAAAGAGAAACUGACAUUUAUCGAGGCCAAAAAUCGACAACUCAUCGUUAAGCCCUACACCCUAAAGGAUAUUUGUGACUUGAAUCUGUUAGACAAACAAUCGAAGAUCACAAGUCCCAUGCGACGUGAAAAGCUAAGUAUAAUGCAGGCCAUAGAAUCGGGGGUAUUAGAUGGCAAUAAUUUGAAGUGUAUAACGAAGCGUAAAGGUGAACUGGUAACACUGCAGGAGGCCAUAGCCGAUGGUAUUGUCUUGCCAGCCGAAUCCAAGUAUAGGGACUUCAUGACUGGCGAGAUUCUUUCAAUACCCGAGGCUGUAGAACGCGGCCUCAUCAGCAGCGUUGCUCAAAAGUCCAUCUUCGAUAUCGAUGGUUUCAAAGAUAUGCGCAGUAACGAUUUUGUUAGUUUCAACGUAGCCUUAUCUCGGGGCAUUCUACGUAGAAAGAGUACUGGAUUUGCCCUAGAAACUAGUCGUGAUUCACACGUGCCUUUAGAAGUAGCCAUGAAGGAGGGACUCAUUCGUCCCGAGGUAUAUGAAAUGUUUAGCAAGGGUAUUGGUGUACACAAUGCCAGUGGCAAGGAAUUGAGUGUAUUUGAUUUGUGUUAUCAUAAUUUAAUUGACCCCAAGACAGGUUAUCUCCUAGAUCCCAAGACUGAAGAGACUGUUCCCCUUGACUUAGCCAUCGAACGUAAAUUCAUAACUCCAGAGGGUGCUCUGUUACUGAGCAGUCUCUUGAACAUAACCCUGACAACAGAAACGGUAACUAGAACUAUCAAUCGUUAUGUUACAAUACGUGCAGGCUCUCAGGAGCCACAAGAGCACCAUGUGGUUCUUACGUUUACCGAAGCUGUUCGCCAAGGUUUCAUAGACGAGGAAAGACAGUUGUUUAAAGACCCGAAGACAGGUAAAAUUUAUUCGGUGCAACAAGCCCUCAACUUUGGUCUUUUGCAGCCGGAUGCAAAUGACACGGUUCCCGAACCAACGAAUCGCAAAAAGACCAAAUCGACCAUAACAAUUGUAACGAAGCAAAUAGUGCCUGAAUCGGAACCCAUAAAGCUGAAUACUCAAAAUUAUGUAGAGAAGUCGGUGGAAAUUCCCAUAGCCGAGGAAGUAAUCAAGUCCGGCAAAAUCAAUACGGAUUUCAUCCACAGCGAGAAAACAACAUAUAUCGAACAUAACGUACAAGAAAGGCAAAUUAUCGAAUUGCCACCCGGCGGUUGGCCACUAAAAGACGCAAUCGAACAACAGUUUUUCAAUCCUGACAGCGGCGUAUUUCAAGUCAAAGGUACGGAACGUGUGGUCACCUUUGAAGAGUGCAUUAAUAAGUAUAUAAUCAAUAGUUUGUCAGUGUCGGUCAUAGAUCCCACAACAGGUGACAAGCUGUCACCACGCAAUGCAUUCGAAAGGGACAUAAUAGACUCGUAUGGUAGCUAUACCAACAAGAACGGUGAAGUUGAAACGAUGCGAUCGGCCAUUAACGAAGGCAAAAUAAUUUUGGAACCCGUGCCAAUAACAAAAACCACGGCCAGAGAACAAUGUAUACUGCGCAUUAGUAAGCUAAAUAAUUUAGCCGAAAUCAUUGAGAUAUCCACACCACUAUCAUCGGAUGCUUCACCGAAAUUCGUGGAAGUGCACACUGUACAAAGGGAAUUGACUUCUCCGGAGCCUCUGCAAAUUGCACCAGGCGCCAUUUAUGAUCCAUCCACAGCAUUGGUUAUAUUCACACAUAACGGACAGACUGAAAAUAUUUUCGACGCCGCUCGACAUGGAUUGAUAGACGAAAGUCUCAUUAGAAUUGUUGAUCCUCAAACUGGUGAAUCUAUUACAAUAAAUGAAGCUGUGUCUCGCAAAAUCUACGAUCCGCAAAAUGCGACAAUUGUAACACAAGAAGGGUAUCCCGUAGAUAUUCUUACUGCAAUCCAGAAGGGUCUAAUAAUUGUAUCUGGAGCUCCCUUGGUAGCAGCCGAAGGUGCAUUACGCACAAUUCGCUUUGUGACCGACCCGCGAACUGGAGAACAAAUUCCUGUCGAAGUAGCGUACGAGCGGGGUAUUGUGUCCCGAGAUCAAUUAAAGAAAUCAAAAUCAUUUGAGAGCGACACAUGUGAAGAUAAGGUGGUGGUUUUGCAAAAGAUGCGCAAAAUUAUCCUAAAGCCCAGUGAUGCUCUCAAAAAGGGUAUCAUAGACGAAGAAACCUGCGAUAUACUGGAGAAUAAACAAAACUUCUUGGGAGAAAAUAAUGAAGUACUAAAUAUUACGGAGGCGCUAGAACGAGGUCUAAUCGAUGGCAAGCGAGGCAAAAUUGCCGAUCCACAGCGUAAUCGUUAUUUGAAUAUUAAUGAAGCUGUCCGGGAACGCAUUCUAGAUCCCGAACAAACCAACCACAUUCUUAUACCUUUGGCUCAGUCGCUGUCAGUUCCCCGAUUAAUGGAACAAGGUUUGAUUGAUAGUCAAAGCCAAACCAUUAUUCACCCAGAAAGCGGUUAUGGAUUAAAUAUUCGCGAGGCUAUUGUGUGUGACGUCUUGGAUCCAUACUCGAAAAUUAAACUCCCCAUUCACUGUACUCUAGAGGAAGCCAUUGAGAAACAUAUUGUAGACCCAGAAGAGUCCACAUUCAAGGUGAAUGGAAAGGUGCUAACAUUGUCUCAAGCCCUAACGGCUGACAUAUUUGAUAAGACGUACGAUACUGAGAGUACUGUAAUAACAAUUCCUCCCGUUGGUAUGACAUUCCCAGUAGUUGUUGAAAAGGGAUUACUAAAACCUGAAAAGGUAUCGGUUGUGCAUCCUGAAAAUAGAAAAGAAAUACCUUUGCAGAAGGCAAUUGAAGAAGGAUUUAUAAUGUCCAUACCAUAUCCACCACAAGCCGAUGCCUUAGACGUUCACCAUGCCGUACAACAAGGACUAAUAAACGUGGUAGAUCAAACAUUUAAACAUCCCAAGGACGUUGGUCCAUCAAUGCCUAUUCGCCAAGCCUUGGAAAAUGGACGUUUAGUUGUUAAACCCAUGAGCGAUUUUGUUGUUACACAAAAACCAGUGCCCCGAACAGAGGUCAUGGAAACAAUCACAGCUGUACAUACAGUAACCACCAAGACUAUUGAGCUCAUCCAGGGUUAUGUCCUAAUCUCGAACAACGAAGUUCAAAAUGUACAAACAGGUGAAGUUUGCACUGUCGAAGAAGCAAAGGCUAUGGGUAUUUUAAGGGAGGAGGAAACAUCCAAGGAAACUCGUUCCGUAACAGGUAAUAAGGAACAUAUUGAUGAUAUACAGCCACAGCAGCCCAUUGCGCAGCCACAAACGACAACACCCACACCAACCGAUGGAAGCCAACGCCAAAUAAUACAAACAUCAGUUAUCACAACCGAAAUUCAAACACCAAUGGAGACAUGCGACUCGACAACGACGAGUCAACAAGUUCCCACAAAGGAUAAUAAGCUGGCAUCAGCAUUGAACACUGCUAAAGAGGCAGCAAAAAUGGGUGCCAUAGGUAUUGUGGCUGCCCCAGUUUUGGCUGGCAGUGCCGUUGUUAGUGGAAUCAAACAAUUGGUAAAAUCAGCAACUACACCCACUGAAGAACCAAAACCAACAUUAAGUACCUCGAUUGGAAUUGGUGAAACAUUGCCAGCGAAAACUCAACCUCAAUUAUCUGUGAAUGUGUCGAACGUGGAAACGUAUCCUGAUGUACUAACCACCACAUCCACAACUACCACCACAACAAAAACUACUACAAUUGUGACAAAAACCGAUGAACCUCAACAUCAGACAAUUGAAACUCACAGUGUGGUUGUGAAACCUGAUGGCGAUUCCCAUCCAACUAGUGAAACUGAAAAUGUUGCAUUGCCUAAAGAUGUGCCACCUAAAAAUACAGAACCUCAAGUUCUUGAUAAUUUGGUGAAGUCUAAAGAUGAAGCCCAGAAAAAGAAUGGACCUCAAGGCGUUGACUUUGUCGAUAAUCUUGUCAGGGAAACAGAGGAUUUCAUUAGUACAACGACAGCUAAUUUUAUUAAACAAGAAAAGACAGCUGAUGCACAGCCAACAACUCCGCCCCAAGAUCCGGAGAGUACCAAACAGCCACAAAAUGUAAAUACGGAAAUUACAACGACAAAGGUAACUGCAGCUACAACCGUCCCUCGGGAAACACAACCUACCAUCGAAACAGUACCGAAUGUUAGCAUAGACAGUGCAAAUAAAAAUAAACUUCCAUCGCAGGUGGUUAUAACGACUGAAACGACUACAAAGACAACAGAUCCUAUAAAUGAAAUUAUGGAGGUAACUGAAGUAGGUGAUCAACCUCAAUAUGUUGUUAGCUUUGAGGAUUCAGAUACUGAAGUUUCCACAACUACUGCUGCUACAGCAACAACAACAGUUACUUCAACUUCUACUUCGACACUUGUUACAACCAAAACAUUGGGAGAUAUCACGGAAACAGAGGAACCAACUCCACAAACCCCCAAUGCACUCAACAAUAUCAAGGAAAGCCAACCCGUUACAGAGGACAAACAAUCUGAAAAAUAUAGUGUAAUCACAGAUUUCAUGAAACAUGAAAUGAACGAAAGUGCUAAACCCAAGGUAAUUGAAUCAUCGUCACCAGCUGGCCAAGUCCAGUCGAGCCAUGUGUCGAAUGACAGUAACGUUAAACAAACAGAGCCUGAAUACUUGAAUCAGACUACAACGGAAAUAACUACAACAAUUGAAUCAGAAUCUAAACCAAUGGUUGAUAAUGUAGAAAAUAGUUGCAAAGCCCCCAAAACUGAUGAAUUGUCAUUGGUAAAGGAAAGUCAAAUUGAAUUUUCUAAAGAACCAAGUGGUGAAAUAAUCGAAGCAGCUGAUGCAACGGUUGCACCCAUACCUGCCGAAAGGAAAACAAUUGACAAAGUGACCACAGACUUAAGCGAACCACAUAGUAUAGUCGCAGACCAACAAGUGAAGCACCAAAACAUGGUUGAUUUCAUUCAAGCCGAAAAGGGCAAUCAAGUUCAACCCAAUGAAUCGAGCAGUAAUAUUUUGCAAAAUGUCAAAGAUGUUGCCAAACUUGGAGCCCUUGCUAUAGUUGGCGCUCCCGUUUUGGCUGGAAAAGCUAUUGUCGAUGCCCUUAAACAGGACGAGAAGCCAAAAGAUUCCACUACAAAUGCAACGUUAAAUACCUCGAUAAUAACUACAAAACCUAUAAAGGUAAUGCAGGGUGGAGAAACUCCAGGUGAAAAUCAAACACACAGAGGUGUAACACCACCCAAAACAUUAGCCUUGGGUGAUGCUAUUUCACAAAAACUUAUAUCACCCGAUGAAUGUAAGGUUUUAGUAGGCGGGGAGGAGCAAGAUCAAAGUGUAACCGAACUCUUGAAAGACGAACAACUAAGUCCGCUGGACGAAGUACAGGUAUUAGAUGACAAACUGGUCGUUUUACAACCCAUGACCUACCUUAUUGACGCCAACGAUGACUUAACUCCAGAACACUUGAGCGAAUUGAAUAUAUACGACCCCGUAAAUCAAUACUUCACAGAUCCCUCCACCGGUUUGAAGAUUUCAUUCCAGACAUUAGUGUUCGACAUGAAUGUCUUUAAUCCGGAGACAAUACUAGUGAAGAAUUUCAGCAGUGGUAAAUACGAAACAUUAACCGAUGCUCUGGAACGACCACUACUUGACAGACACACUGGUCAUAUGGUCGAUCCAAAGACUGGUAAAAAGAUUCCAUUCUUCGAAUGUGUUUCCCGCAAUUGGAUUAUUCGUGCCAAUCCUGAAAAGGAGAAACCAGCAGCUAUUGAAAAUGUCAUUGACCCCGAAAGUGGCAAAGUUAUACUGGGCGAUGGUCGAGUUUGUUCCAUUGUUGACGCCAUCAACAAUGGUAUGCUGGAUAUCCAAUCGAUAUCUGUUCGUGAUCCCGUUAGCGGUGAGGUGAUUCCACUGCGUAUGGCAAUUGAGUUGGGAGUUGUGGACAUGCAGGCUGGUACGGUAAUUGACAUUCAGACAUUGAAAGAAAUUCCCAUGGAAGAUGCUUUUAAACUCGGUUUUCUUGUGCCCGGUUCGCGCAAGCCCAUUUCAUUGGAGGCUGCAGUGCGCAAAGGACUUUAUGAUCCCGACACGGGAAAACUCUACGACUCCGAAUCCGACAAUCAAGUUGAUGUUCAGAAAUCCAUUGAAAUUGGUCUGGUUGAUCCGAAAAUAUCUCUGAUCGUUGAUGCCAAAUCGCAGAAGGCAAUUAAAUUGGACUGCGCCAUUGAAGAUGAACUGGUUGUAACGGAGACAGGCCAAAUUAAGGACACCGAAACCAAUACAUUGGUUCCAUUCGAUGUUGGCUUAAAGAAAAAUUUGGUAAAAACCGAUAGCAUUACGUGGAGCUUACCUGAGGUAUUGCAACGUGAAUAUUACUCUCCGAAGACGGGUAAAAUUUUGAAUCCUUCCACCGGUGAAGAAAUUCUCCUACAACAAGCCAUAGAAUUGGGUUUCGUUGAGUUAGAUUCAUGUCUGGUUAAGGAUGAUGACAAGAAUGUCAUUGUUCCGGGCAAACAAGCCGCCAAGGAAGGUCUACUUGACACUGUCAGAGGCUGUCUCAGCAGUCCCAAUAUCAAGUUGGACGAAGCUUUUGUCAAGGGCUAUUUAAUUAGCACAAAGAAACCGCUGUCUCUAGUCGAUUGUUUGCUAAGAGGUCUGUACGAUUCCGAAACAGCUAAGUUUACAAUCGACAAUAAGAAGGUUGAUUUGAAAUCUGCUAUUGCCUUGAAAUUGAUAAAUUCCGAUGAACUGGUGCUACUCGAUCCCAAAACAGAGUCGAUCAUUUCGCUUACCGAAGCUAUUUCGAAGGGUUACAUUGAUCCGAUCAAUGGAUUCGUUAUUAACCCAUACACCGGCACCAAACUGUCGCUGAAUGAGGCACUUGAAAACCGAGUACUGAUUCCACCGAAACGUAAACGCAGUCUUCCCGAUGCUGUGUACCGUGGCCUGUAUGACCCCAAGACUGGUGAAUUCAGCAACACCAUAACCCGUGAAAAACUCUCAACUGAACGUGCUAUUCGCAGAGGCAUUUUAGAUCCGGACUCGACCAUUGUCAGUGUAGCUGGCGAAGUCAUUCCAUUCGAGAAAGCUGCUCAGGUUGGCAUCGUGGAUAGUCACAGAGGCACGGUAAAAGAUGACGACGACAAGGAAAUCGACUUCAAAGAAGCCUUUGAUCGCGGUGUGCUGCUCGAAGCAAAGAAACCUUUGCGUCUUAUCGAGGCGGUCAUUAAAAAUGUGUACGACGAAGCUGAUGGCAGCUUUAUGGAUCCCAAGACGGGACAAAAACUCUCAUUUGCCCAAGCGGUUGAUAGUAAUCUUCUCGAUGAGGACAGUGUUCAAAUAAGAGACUUCAAUACCGGCCUGUACAAGCAAUUGAACUUGGCCCACGCCGCCGAUACCGGUGUCAUUGAUGGCAACAACGCCAAAUUGGUCUACAACAAUCAAAAGAUUACCAUUAAACAUGCUUUUGAUGUUGGCAUCCUAAUGGAUACCCAGGCUCCAAUUAGUUUACAAAGAGCCUUACAUCAAGGGCUUUUCGACGAAAAGUCCGGCAAGUUGAUCGACCCCAAGAGUGGACGCAAAAUUACUUUACUCGAGAGCAUUCGCAGCUUUGUCAUCAACCCACAAUUGCCCUGCUAUUUCAAUGAAAUUCAAGAACAAAUGCACAGCUUGACAGAUACCUGUCGCAUGGGCAUCAUAAAUCGACGCGAGGGGGUUUUCCGUGAGCCGGGCAGUAAUACAUUUGUCUCAUUAAACGAAGCUUUGAAUUUAGGUCUAAUAGUCGACAUUGAAAAUGCCAGCUUUGGUCUGUAUGAACUGCUAGCGAUGGGUUUCUACGAUAAGAGUACAGGAAAGGUUUUACAUCCGGUUACCGGACGAAAAUUGAAUUUGAAUGAAGCCUGCGUAGAAGAUGUAGUUAGUUUAUCAUCUAGUCUAGUAAAGAAUGUUAAAACAGGAAAGUAUGUUCGUUUGGCACAGGCCAUCAAGGAACAAAUUAUUGACGACACAAACGGUAGCUACAACCUCAGCGCCAUUGAACAAAUAGAUUUACAGGAGGCCCGUGCUCGUGGUCUCAUUGUUUCAAACCGCCGUCUGCUUUGCUUAGAACUAGUUAUGCGCAUGCAAUUGUUUAGACCAGAAACUGGUAAAUUCUGCGAUCCCACCACUGGUGAAUAUUACGAUUUAGCCGAUGCCAUACAAAAUGGUUUCAUAGAUCCCGCAACAACUGUUUUCAAGAAUCACGUGACUGGCAAAGAAACUCCACUUAAUGAGGCCAUUGCCAAUGGCGAUGUUGACGUAGCCAAGGGUCGCGUCUUUGAUCCCAAAUCUAAAUCAGCUUACAAUUAUGACGUAGCAUUAGCUCGUGGAAUUUUAGUUACAGUUGCGAAACCGUUGACUGAACGAACUACUGACGUAGUUAAGGAGAGUGUAGAAUUGUUGGGCCAAACGCCGGUGAGCAUUGUCGUUAGUAAGCCACGUGAAAUGUCAUUAGAGGAAGCCAUCAAGUAUAAUAUAAUCGAUCCAAAAACGGCCUUGGUUCGCGAUUUUGACACAUUUAAAUUUGUACCUUUCGAAGUUGCACAACAGAAAGGUAUUGUCGAUUUGAACAAACGUACUUUAGUAGAUCCAAAAGCUUUGUACUUUGUAUUUGAUCCCACUUUGGUGAUAUAUGUAAGAGAACCUAUACAAUUUGAGCAUGCUGCCGAAGUUAAAUGUCUCGAUUUGGAAACCGGUAUGUUAACAUACCACGAUCCAGCCACCAAAACGCUACAAACACCUGACAACGAUGUGGAUGUGAAUAGUGAGGGAACAAAUGACACGGAAUCUGUAAUAUAUACUCUUAAAGAUGCUACCACAUUGGGCAUAAUUGAUCCUGAUUCAGCAUUGGUCAAGGAUUUGGUGAAAUCCAAAUUGGUACGAUUGCCAGAGGCAUUCCGCAAGGGACUAAUGGAUGCCAACAAGGCAAAUGUUUUGAAUACAAAAACAUCAAAACUGUGCACUCUGAAAGAAGCCUAUGAAAGUGGAUUGAUUGUUACCCCGAAACGUUCAUUUGGCUUACUGGAAGCCAUAGCUUUUAAUCUAUACAAUCCCACUAAUGGAUGCUUCGUUGAUCCCUUCCAAAUGAAUCCGGAUAUUAUAAAACGUAAAAAAUUCACUUUGGCCGAGGCAAUAACAGCUGGCCUCAUUGAUCCUUCGUCGACAGUGGUAAGAAAUCCAUCAACCGGUGAAAUAAUACCAUUAACAGGGGCCAUACAAAAUGGUCUAAUUGACGCCCAUGAUGGACGUAUAUGUGAUCCAGCCGAUAGUAAAAAUAAUAUGGAUUUGGUGAAGGCAUCCGAAAAAGGUUUUCUGUUGGCCGCUGAGCAAAGGCAAGCCGUAUUUGAAAAGUUCAACAUUUGCGAAGAGAACGUCAAUGAAUUGCUCAAAUGGGUCUACAACAUUGAACACAAAAUUGCUACUGUUGGCGGUCCCAGGGAGAAAAUCGAUGAACUGCGUAAUCAAAUCAAUGCUCUGAAGCAAAUUAAGGACGAAAUCGAAACCCAACAGCGUCCAGUUGCAACAUGCCUUGAACAGAUUCGUCAGAUUGUGUUAACUGGCGGUGAUGUGUUAUCUGCACCAGAAGUUACAACACUGGAAAAUGCCGGCAGGGAAUUGCGUUCCCGUGUGGAUCGUGUUAACGAUCGCACAGUUCGCCUUUUGCGUCGCCUUGAAGCUGGCCGUGACGAACUCACAAAAUUGCGUAGCGAAUUGGAUAUUUUCUCGGAAUGGCUACAAACUGCACGCCGCACCUUGGAAGAUAAGGAACGUGCAUUAUCUGAUCUGACACGUCUCUCGUCCCAGGCUGAAUCUGUAAGAGAAUUUGUCAGCGACGUUAUUGGCCAUCAGGCAGAUCUUCGUUUCAUUACCAUGGCUGCUCAAAAGUUCGUUGACGAAGGCAAAGAAUUCUUGGCCAUUCUUAAUGAUUUCAGAACAUCGCUGCCUGAACGCUUGCCUCAUGUUGAACCUUUGGCAAGUUCUGAAAGUCCCAUCCGCCAGGAAGUAUCUCUGGUCUCGGCCCAAUAUAAGGACCUCAUGAAUCGCGUCAAUGCUCUGCAAGAUCGUAUAUCUGGCCUCGGUGGCCGUCAACGAGAAUAUCAAGAUGCCUUAGAUAAGGCUAAUGAAUGGUUGCGAAGCACCCAACCUCGUGUGAGUCGUAUUAUUGCUGAACCCAUUGCUGGUGAUCCCAAAUCGGUCCAAGAACAAAUGAAUGAAGCCAAGGCCUUGCACAAUGAACUACUCUCAAAUGGCCGUCUUGUUGACAAUGCUCAACAAGCCCUAGAAAGUUUACUAUAUACCCUGGGUGGACAACUUAGUCCCAUGGAAAUAAAUCAGUUAGAAGUUCCCAUUGCAGAUCUCAAGGAUAAAUAUCAAAAGCUCCUCGAUUCAUUGGGUGAACACUGUAAAACAUUGGACAAGACUUUGGUACAGUCUCAGGGUGUACAAGAGGCUCUUGACAAUCUGGGCAAUUGGGUUAAUCAGGCCGAAGAUAAAUACAAACUUCAGUUGAGACCAGCUUCAUUGAUUAAGGAACGCCUGCAAGAACAAAUAAGAGAACACAAAGCGUUGUUGGCAGACAUGCAAUCCCACCAGGCCAGUAUCGACAGUGUAGAAUCGUCCGCCAAGCAUCUGAUGAGCACGGCUUCCAAUGCUCGCAUUGCCAAAAAGGUUGAAACAAACCUCAAUGACGUAACAAGCAAAUUUGAAAAAUUGUUCGACAAGGUCGUUAAGCGUGGUGAAUUCCUUGACGAUGUUUUUAAUCGUUUGUGCAAAUAUUUGGACGAAAUCAGUGGAGUCGAACAGGAAAUUGUAACGCUGCAAGAUGCUCUCGACAGUCGUGACACAAGUCUACUGUCAGCCGAAGAACUGGCACGUCGCAUGCAAGAACUUUCCAAUCGUAAAGAAUCUCUAACUCCGGCCUAUGAAGAUUGCAUUCGCAAUGGCAAGGAUCUAAUCAGUAUUCGUGAUGUUACGGAUACAAGUGCAUUGAGAGAUCGCAUUAAGGCCCUCGAGUCGCAGUGGCGUAACAUCAAUGUCAGCUUGGACGAAAAAGCAAAAUUGUCCAAACAGAAGGCCGAACACCAAGUGGCAUACGAGAGCCUUAAAGACCAAGUGUUGUCGUGGUUAGCAAGCACGGAAGCUCGCAUAACAGGCCUAGCUCCAGUGGCUGUUGAUUUGGAGAAAAUACGCCAACAAAAUGACGAACUCAAGCCCAUUUACAAAGACUAUAGAGAUUAUGCGUCCACCAUUGAUAAAAUCAACGACAUCGGUUCGCAGUACGAUGCUCUGAUCCGCCCUGAAAGUCCUGGACGUAAACGCUCGACAUUCAGUCCUAUUAAACGCGUCAGUCCUUUGCGCCGCAUGUCUGGAGAUGCUCGUAGUCCUAGCCCCACGAAGGGGGGUAUUCUGUCGCCACUAUCGACUGGUUCCAGUGGAUUUGGUAGCCGCAGAUCCUCUCAAGAUGGUUUCCAACUUUCAGAACUAUCUCCAGUUCAGCAGCAACUAAGCGAAAUCAAUAACCGUUACACUCUGAUUGGCGUCCGAAUCAACGAUCGUCAAAACGAGCUCGACAACAUGAACGAAGAGGUGCGCAAACAAUUUGAAAACCUGAAGAAUCUGGCUACCUUCUUGGAGCGCAUUCAACGCCAAUUGCCCAAGGAGUCUGUGUCGAAUAAGGACGAGGCAGAUCGUUGCAUCAAACAGGCACGCAAAAUCCUUGAAGACAUGUACGAGAAACAGAGUCUGUUGGACACGACAAAAACCCAAAUUAAGGAUAUAUUGAGACGUAAGUCAGACGUUCCUGGUGCUGAUCAAUUACGCGUAGAAAACGACAACAUUGUCGAAAAGUGGAAGCAACUGAGCGACAUAUGCAAGAAUCGUAUUAAUUUCUCUGAGAAAUUACGCGACUUCCUGGACACCCAUAACAACUUGAAGAACUGGUUAGACAGCAAAGAACGCAUGCUAACUGUGUUGGGUCCAAUUUCAUCAGAUCCUCGUAUGGUUCAAAGUCAAGUACAACAAGUUCAAGUACUGCGCGAAGAGUUCCGCACACAACAACCGCAACUCAAGCACUUCCAAGAAAUCGGCCACGAUGUUCUUGAUCAUUUAGAAGCAGACUCCCCCGACGCCUCAUCUGUCAACAAGAAACUACAGGAUGUCAACAGCAAAUGGGAAGACUUAGUUGGUCGCCUGGAUGAACGUGCAAACAGCCUGGGUGGUGCAGCUGAUAGCAGCAAGGAAUUCGAUGCUGCUGUAAACAGACUUCGUGAAGCCCUUCAGCAAAUUAGCGAUAAUCUUGAUGGCCUACCUUCGGAUGGAGAUCAUCAAGAGAAUUUGAGAAAGAUCGAAAACUUGGAACGUCAACUGGAAGGACAGCGACCACUAUUGGCUGACGCGGAACAAUCUGCUGCAGCAUUGUGUAAUAUUCUCGGUGACCCAGCAUCUCGUGCAGAUGUCAAUUCUCGCGUUGCUGCUUUAGAGAAACAAUAUCAGGCCUUGCAAAAGAAACUCGAUACCAAGAAAGCCGAAACAGAAGCUACACUCAGAGAUGGACGUCACUUUGCCGAAAACUGUUCCAAAACGUUGGGUUGGCUUUCUGCUGAGCUCUCCAAUUUGGCCGAACGUUUGCUGGUAUCCGCUCAUAAGCCGACAUUACAACAUCAAAUUGACACACAUGAACCUAUCUACCGAGAAGUUAUGGCCCGUGAACACGAAGUCAUCAUGCUCAUCAACAAGGGCAAGGAUCUUACCGAUCGCCAACAAGAUCGUAGUGUUAAGCGCGAUCUGGAACGCAUCCAACAACAGUGGGAGAAACUUCGCCGUGAAGCUGUUGAUCGUCACACUCGCCUUCAGACAUGCAUGGAACACUGCAAGAAAUAUGUCUCAACAUCCGAAGUAUUUUUGGCAUGGCUAAGAACUGCGGAGGAUAAGCUGGUGGAUUUGACCCCGGGCGUACUGUCAAAAUCCAAAUUGGAUACACGUUUGCAUGAUCUGCACACAUUCCGCAGUGAGGUGUGGAAACAUUCGGGUGAAUACGAGAACACUAAAGGAUUAGGCGAAACAUUCCUAAGCAGCUGUGACGUUGAUAAGGAACCCAUCAAGAGCGAAUUACAAGAUAUCCGUGAACGCUGGGAACGUCUCAAUAAUGACUUGAUUGCAAGAGCUCAGGAAAUUGAGAACUGCUCUCGUCGCCUGGGUGACUUCAAUGAUGAACUUCGCAAUUUAGACCAUGCUGUAGGCAGAUGCGAAGAUCGGCUGGCCGCUCAUGAUGCGCUCGGUGGAGCUGCCAAAGAUCCAAAGCUGUUGGAUCGAGUCAAAGCUAUACGCGAAGAAUUAACGAAUUUGCAGAAACCUCUGCAAUCGCUCAAGGGAAUGGCUAAGGAUAUUUGCGCCGAAGCUCGUGCUGCCGGUGGAGAUGCAGAUCAUCUGACCGAUGAUGUCGAUGGUAUUGCUGACCGCAUUGGCGAAUUGCAAAGUCGUUUGGAUGACCGUUUGGGUGAAUUACAAUCCGCAGCGACCGCUGUUUCGCAAUUUAAUGAACAAAUAAAGAAUUUGGGAAUUGAUCUGAACGAACUUGAAAACGAAGUUGAGAAACUUUCUCCGCCAGCACGUGAAAUAAAACGAGUUCAAGGUCAAAUUGACGAUACCUACAAACUUCAGACAAAACUUGAACGAAUUGUCGAACGGAUUGAAGAUGGCGAACGAGCUGCUGAUGCCUUAGUUGAUGCCGGAUUCUCACCAGAUACUGCUCAGACCCGCGAACAAAUAUCCACACUGCGCAAGACAUUGGCACGCCUGGACAACCGUGUGCGUGAUCACAGUCAACUUUUGGAAGACACACUACGCUCCCUACAAGAAUUCUAUGACAUGGAAUCGCAAACUAUGGACGACAUCCAAGAUAUAAGUGAAGAGUUCCGUCGCAUGAAGCCUGUGGGCUCCGAACUUGAACAAAUCCGCCGCCAACAGGAAGACUUCCGAAAUUUCAGGGACAAUAAAAUUGACCCAUUGGCCCAAAACAUCGAGAAAGUUAACAUGGCCGGACGCGAUUUGGUCAGAUCGGCUGCAAGUGGCGUGUCCACCACUCAAAUCGAAAAAGAUCUUGAGAAGUUGAAUGAUAGAUGGAACGAUCUUAAAGAACGUAUGAAUGAGCGCGACCGACGCCUUGAUGUUGCCCUCUUGCAAUCAGGCAAGUUCCAAGAAGCUUUGGCCGGUCUCUCCAAAUGGCUGUCCGAUACGGAAGAGAUGGUAGCCAAUCAAAAAGCACCAAGCUCUGACUACAAGGUAGUGAAGGCCCAAUUACAAGAACAGAAAUUCCUCAAGAGAAUGCUUCUGGAUCGUCAGAAUUCCAUGUCAUCGUUGUCGUCUUUGGGUAAAGAGGUUGCUAAUCACUGUGAACCCUCCGAAAGAAACGCUAUUGAGAAACAACUGCAUGAUCUCAUGAAGCGCUUUGAUGCCUUGACUGACGGUGCCGAACAACGGGAAAAGGAUCUGGAGGAAGCAAUGGAAGUUGCCAAACGCUUCCACGACAAGAUCACGCCAUUGGAGUUGUGGUUGGACAACACUGAGCGAUCUGUGAAGGGAAUGGAACUCAUUCCAACAGACGAAGAGAAAAUCCAGCAACGUAUCCGGGAACACGGCAGACUACAUGAUGAAAUUUUGGGAAAGAAACCCGAUUUCUCUGAUUUGGCAGAUGUAGCUGGCCAGCUAAUGCACUUGGUGAGUGACGAAGAAGCAGUAAAUUUGGGCGAAAAGGUACGCACCAUUACAGACCGCUAUACAGGAUUGGUGGAUGCCAGCGACAAAAUCGGUGCCCUAUUGGCAGACUCCCGCCAAGACCUUAGACAUUUGGUAUUGACUUAUCAAGAAUUGGUGGCUUGGAUGGAACGCAUGGAGAGCGAAUUGAAACGAUUCCGAUCAGUUCCAGUCUUUGCAGAAAAAUUGUUGGAACAAAUGGAUGUUUUGGUUGAAUUGAAUGAAAAUAUUGCCAACCAUGCCCCCAAUGUUGAAUCAACCGUGGACUCCGGAGCCGAACUCAUGAAACACAUAUCAAACGACGAGGCUAUUCAAUUGAAGGAUAAAUUAGACUCUUUGCAGCGUCGCUAUGGCGAAUUGGCAAAUCGUGGUGGUGACUUGUUGAACAGUGCCCAAAAUGCCCUUCCGCUGGUUAAACAAUUCCACGAAGCUCACAAUCGUCUGAUUGAAUGGAUGCAAGUUGCGGAGAGCGCCCUUUCCACAAGUGAACCACGUCAAUCUGACGUUUUGCGCCUAGAAGCCGAACUGGUGGAAAUGCGUCCCACGCUUGACAGUGUUAAUUUAGUUGGACCCAAACUGUGCCAGAUUUCACCCGGCGAAGGUGCUUCCACAAUUGAAACAAUAGUUACACGCGACAACCGUCGCUUCGAUGCGAUUGUGGAGCAAAUUCAGCGCAAAGCAGAACGUCUUCAUUUGAGCAAUCAACGUGCUAAAGAAGUAACCGGUGAUAUCGAUGAACUUCUGGAUUGGUUCCGUGAUAUGGAUGCUAGUUUGCGUGAGGCCGAUCCACCAGCCAUAGAACCAAAAUUGGUGCGUGCCCAAUUGCAAGAGCAUCGUUCAGUCAACGAUGAAAUUUCCAGUCAGAAGGGUAGGGUGCGCGACGUAACUGCCGCAUCAAAGAAGGUCUUGCGCGAAUCUCCACAGAGCGAAAACACAGCUACAUUGCGUGAAAAAUUGGAUGAUCUCAAGGAAAUCGUUGAUACUGUUGCACAACUGUGCAGCGAACGCUUAGGAGUUCUCGAGCAAGCAUUGCCUCUUUCCGAACAUUUUGCUGACUCACAUGCCGGCCUUACCACUUGGUUAGAUGAUAUGGAACAACAAAUAUCUAGACUGAGCAUGCCAGCCCUCCGGCCCGAUCAAAUAACCCAACAACAGGAUAAGAACGAGCGGUUAUUGCAAUCUAUUGCAGAGCACAAACCUUUACUCGAUAAGCUGAACAAGACCGGUGAAGCUUUGGGCGCGUUGGUGGCUGAUGACGAUAGCGCAAGAAUUAAUGAGAUCCUUGACUCAGAUAACGCCCGCUAUGCUGCCUUGCGCUUAGAGUUGAGAGAGCGCCAGCAAGCUCUUGACAAUGCCCUACAAGAAUCUAGCCAAUUUUCAGAUAAACUCGAGGGUAUGUUACGGGCCUUGGCCAAUACCGUGGAUCAAGUCAACCAAUUGGAUCCAUUGUCGGCCCUGCCACAAAAAAUACGUGAACAAAUCGAAGACAAUGAUGCUAUUAUGGAUGAUUUGGACAAACGUACAGAUGCAUUCAGUGCCGUUCAACGUGCCGCCAGUGAUGUCAUUGCCAAGGCCGGCAAUAAAUCAGAUCCUGCUGUGCGGGAUAUCAAGAGCAAAUUGGAGAAACUGAACAACCUUUGGAACGAUGUUCAAAAAGCAACUAAGAAACGUGGCAGCUCGCUCGAUGAUAUUCUCAACGUCGCCGAACCAUUCUGGAAUCAGCUUCAAAGUGUCAUGAAAACGCUGAAGGAUCUCGAAGAGACCUUGUCCUCACAAGAACCUCCAGCUGCACAACCUCAAGAAAUCCAAAAGCAACAAGUAGCUUUGCAAGAAAUUCGUCACGAAAUCGAUCAGACGAAGCCCGAGGUUGAGCAAGUUAGACGUCAUGGUAGCAAUCUGAUGAACCUUUGCGGAGAGCCCGACAAACCGGAAGUCAAGAAGCACAUCGAAGACUUAGACAAUGCCUGGGAUAAUAUUACCGCUCUGUAUGCCAAACGGGAAGAGAAUCUCAUUGAUGCCAUGGAGAAGGCCAUGGAAUUCCAUGAAACAUUACAAAAUCUCUUGAAAUUCCUAACAAAGGCCGAGGACAAGUUUGCCCAUCUGGGACCAGUGGGUUCAGACAUCGACGCCGUGAAGAAACAAAUCGAACAGUUGAAGUCAUUCAAGGACGAUGUGGACCCCCACAUGGUGGAAGUAGAAGCAUUAAACAGACAAGCUGUUGAAUUAACGGAAAGAACUUCUCCUGAACAAGCGGCAUCAAUUCGCGAACCAUUAGCAGUGGUCAAUCGUCGAUGGGAAGCUCUAUUACGUGGCAUGGUCGAACGUCAAAAACAACUGGAGCACGCUUUGUUGCAUUUGGGUCAAUUCCAACAUGCCCUCAAUGAACUUUUGGUAUGGAUAAGCAAAACAGAUGGUACCUUGGAUCAAUUGAAGCCCAUACCUGGCGAUCCUCAGCUACUAGAAGUUGAAUUGGCAAAAUUAAAGGUCUUGGCCAAUGAUAUCCAAGCACAUCAAAACUCCGUUGACACAUUGAAUGAUGCAGGUCGUCAAUUGAUCGAAUCCGAAAAGGGUUCGUUGGAAGCUUCAACAACACAGGAAAAACUGAGGAAGCUAAACCAGGAAUGGAAAAUGUUGUUACAGAAAGCAUCGGACAGGCAACACGAAUUGGAAGAAUCGUUACGUGAGGCUCAAGGCUAUAUCGCCGAAGUUCAGGAUAUUCUUGGAUGGUUGGGAGAUGUAGAUGCAAUAAUUGGAGCUAGUAAACCAGUUGGUGGUUUGCCAGAAACGGCUACCGAACAAUUAGAGCGUUUCAUGGAGGUAUAUAAUGAACUAGAAGAAAACCGUCCAAAGGUUGAAACUAUUCAAGCUCAGGGCCAAGAAUACAUCAAACGUCAAAAUCAAAUGAAAGUUUCGUCCAGUAACUUGCAGCAUACUUUGCGUACCCUUAAACAACGUUGGGACGCUGUAGUAUCGAGAGCUUCAGACAAGAAAAUUAAAUUGGAAAUCGCUCUGAAGGAAGCCACUGAAUUCCACGAAACUCUACAGGCCUUUGUUGAAUGGUUAAAUCAAGCCGAAAAGCAAUUGGCCAAUGCCCAACCAGUUUCAAGGGUACUAGAAACCAUCCAAGCGCAAAUGGAAGAACACAAGAUACUGCAAAAGGACGUCAGUACACACCGUGAGGCUAUGCUACUUCUGGACAAGAAGGGAACUCAUCUGAAAUACUUCAGUCAGAAACAAGAUGUGAUCUUGAUCAAAAAUCUUCUAGUAUCAGUACAACAUCGCUGGGAGCGCAUUGUCAGCAAGGCUGCCGAACGUACUCGUGCCUUAGAUCAUGGAUACAAAGAGGCUCGCGAAUUCAAUGAUGCCUGGAACAAUAUGAUGCAAUAUUUGCAAGAAACGGAAACCGUGCUCGAUCAAAUAAUCGAAGAAGCCACAUCGUCCCAAGAUCCUCAGAAGAUCAAGAAAUGCAUUGCUAGGUUAAAGGAUACCCACCGUCAGUUGACCGGCAAACAAACCCUGUACGAUUCCACAAUGCGUAAUGGCAAGAAUCUCAUGGAACGUGCUCCCAAAACGGACGAAGCUGUACUCGGCAAAAUGUUAUGUGAACUGAAAGAUCAAUGGACUCGUGUAUUGUCGAAGAGCAUCGAACGUCAGCGAAAAUUAGAAGAGGCCCUGUUAUUAUCUGGCCAGUUCUCGGAUGCCCUAGGUGAACUUUUGGAAUGGUUGAAGAAGGCCAAACAACGUCUAAAUGAAGAUGGUCCCGUUCACGGUGAUCUGGAAACUGUUCAAGGUUUGUGCGAACACCAUAAACACAUUGAACAGGACUUGCAAAAGCGUGCCGCUCAAAUGCAAGGCGUGCUUAAGACCGGCCGUGAUCUGGAACGUACUAAUCCUGAAGUUGGUCGUCAAUUGGACGAAUUACAAACCGUAUGGGAUGAAGUGAAAAGUGCUACAGCUAAGCGAGGUGAUCGUUUGCAAAUAGCCCUUAAAGAUGCCGAAAAACUGAAUGGCAGCAUUCAAGCACUUUUCGAUUGGUUAGAUCAUGCCGAGCACAAAUUACGUUACGCCAAGAAUGCACCGGACGACGAGAAAAUAUCCCGUGAAAUGAUGGAUAUGCACAUUGAAUUUAUGAAAGAUCUCCAUGUGCGAGAACAACAGAAACACGAAACAUUCGAGUUCGCUGAGGACAUUAUUGGCAAGGCAUAUCCCGACGCCAUACCUAUAAUCAAGAACUGGUUGAGUAUUAUUGAAGAACGCUGGGAAGAAGUUAAACAAUGGGCCAUUAACCGUGAAGCUAAAUUGGAACAACAUUUACAAUCGCUCAAAGAUUUGGAUGACACCAUUGAAGAACUACUUGCCUGGUUGAGCGGAUUAGAGGCAACCUUACUGAACCUGGAACGUGAAUCACUGCCAGAUGAAAUCCCCGUAUUAGAAAAACUUAUUGAAGAUCACAAAGAAUUCAUGGAGAACACUGCUAGACGACAAACCGAAGUUGAUCGGGCUUGUAAACCAAAGCAGUUACCACCCGGUGCUCGUAAAAUGUCAAGAACUGCCAAAACCCCUGUUCGUGGCUCAAGUCAUGAUAUACGUGAACAGUCACCCGAUGGUACUUUGAGACGACAAAGCUUCAAAGGUUCUCGUGAUCAUGGUCUUAAUAAUCGUAAAUCAAGUAGUCGCAUGACACCAAGUCGUGAUACACCUGAUAGAGAUCGCUUGCCUCACUACGGCCCCCGUUUCUCACCCAGUUCUGUGGGUCCUGAACUUGAAUUCCGUUCCACCCGAGCCAAAUUGUUAUGGGACAAAUGGCGUCAUGUAUGGAUGCUAUCAUGGGAACGUCAACGUCGCCUGAAUGACCACUUAAUGUAUUUGAAAGAUUUGGAACGAGUUCGCAACUUCAGUUGGGAUGACUGGAGAAAGAGAUUCUUGAAGCACAUGAAUCACAAAAAAUCUCGUUUGACGGACUUGUUCCGUAAAAUGGACAAAGACAACAAUGGUCUAGUACCAAGAGGCGAAUUCAUCGAUGGCAUUUUGAGUACCAAAUUCGAUACCUCACGCAUGGAAAUGGGAGCUGUUGCUGAUCUAUUUGACCGCAAUGGCGAGGGCCUGAUUGACUGGCAAGAGUUUAUCGCAGCUCUCCGUCCCGAUUGGCAAGAACGUAAACCACAAACUGAUUCUGACAAAAUACACGAUGAAGUCAAGCGUUUGGUUAUGCUAUGUACAUGUCGCCAAAAAUUCCGCGUCUUCCAAGUGGGUGAAGGCAAAUACCGUUUUGGCGACUCUCAAAAAUUACGUUUGGUUCGCAUCUUACGUAGUACCGUUAUGGUACGUGUCGGUGGCGGCUGGGUCGCCUUAGAUGAAUUCCUGCAGAAGAACGAUCCCUGUCGCGCUAAAGGACGUACUAAUAUUGAAUUACGCGAACAAUUUAUAUUGGCCGAUGGUGUCUCGCAAAGCAUGGCUUCCUUUACGCCUAAACGUGGUAACAAUAACAGCAACACGCCGCCCUACAUGAGCUCACAAGGUCCCAUAAUUAAGGUACGUGAACGUUCCAUACCAAUGAACAAACAAACACGUUCAUCGUUAUCUGCCACAACACCCGACUCCUUGAGUGACAAUGAGGGAAGUCAUGGAAAUGCCUCUGGACGUUAUACACCACGCAAGGUAACAUAUACAAGUACACGUACCGGUCUAACACCAGGUGGCUCACGCGCUGGUUCUAAACCAAAUUCAAGACCACUUAGUAGGCAAGGCUCCAAGCCACCAUCGCGACAUGGUUCAACACUAUCCUUGGAUAGCACUGACGAACACACUCCCUCACGCAUUCCACAACGUAAACAGUCUGCAGCCAGUACAAUCUCUGGCACUGGCACAACUCCAAGGCCCUCUAGGCUAUCGGUGCCAUCGACAACUACAACGACUCGAACAAAUGGCACAACAACAAUAACAAGGAAAACAGCUUCCGGAUCUGCCAGUCCCGCACCCACAAGAAACGGAGGCAUGAGUAGAUCAUCCAGCAUACCAGCACUAACAGGCUAUGGUUACAAACCUAGCCAUCGUCCAUCCAAGAUACCGGUCAAAGUAUCAAAUUCAUUUGAUAAGUCGUUAAGUGCUAACAGUUCGCCCACAAAUUCAACAGUAAACAGUCUAAAUCCUAAUGUUAGCUUGGGGCGCAAUGUCAGUGGCACAUCGACACCUUCUGGCAUGCAAACACCAAGAAAAAGUUCGGCUGAACCUACAUUUAGCUCGACAAUGCGUAGCAGAACAUCAAGAGGAACAACGCCAGUGGAAAAACGGGAACCAUUUAGGCUCUAAA